AUAUCUUUCAAGCCAUUUCCUAUCACUUCAGUUUCUACUGAACACAUUCUUCAAUACACAAGUCAGUGACCCGUUGUCCAGGUUUUGACUUUUCAACAAGGAGAAACAGAAACACGUAAAGAAUUAAAUUCGAAAAUGAUUGGAGUCACGGGAACUUUCAAGGUGCUGGCGGCCAUAUCGGGCAUACUGUUCAUGGGCUAUUGCGUAUAUUUCGACAAACAGCGUCGCAGUGAUCCGGAUUUCAAGAAGAAGUUGCACGACCGCAGGAUUCAACGCUCAUUGGCAUCCGUGAAGUCAGCGGCAUCGGUUCCCAUGAGCGAGCGGGACGUCGAAUUGUACUUCAUGACCCAGAUACACAAGGGCGAGACCCUGAUCACAAACGGCGAUGUUGAGGGAGGCGUGGAGCAUCUAAUCAACGCGAUGCUCGUCUGCGGCCAGCCGGCAAAACUGCUGCAGUUGCUCCAGAGCACCUUGCCCGUGGAUAUCUUCAAGGCGAUGCUGAUCAAGUUAAACGCCUACGAGGCCUCGCACCGCUGUUUGCCCUUUGUAGUGGAUGAUGAGGCUACCAGUAGCCUUUGAAAUACUCCAAAAUUGAGAGCUGCGUCUCAAGUACCGAAAUACAUUUCUUUGGUUCACGUAUCUCGGGCAAAUACGUACAAUGUAUA